AUGUGUGGACGAUACGCUUUAGGCGUGCGCAUGAGCUUCAUCCGCCGCCGUCUCCAAGACCAAGGCCUCCAAGUCGACGACGCACCCCCCGAUGAAGACGUCCGCGAAACCUACAACUUCGCUCCAGGGAACAGCGGCGCUGUUUACCUUGCUGAUACGCAUAUGUACCCGUCUUCUCAUCAGCAUGAUGAGCCAGCUAGUCAACCUGACACCGAAAAAGAGACAGCAGAAGGAGAGGAAACAGGGGGAGAAAAGAAGAGCAAUGCCACCAAAUACAAGCUCCACAGCAUGCGCUGGGGUCUGAUUCCCUUCUGGACGAAACGCAAUCCCGACUACGGAAGUAUUAUGCGCACAAUCAACUGCCGAGAUGACUCACUAAUCGAGGACCGGGGCCUAUGGACGUCCAUGAAGCGGAGGAAGCGGUGCGUGGUGGUGUGUCAGGGGUUCUAUGAGUGGUUGAAGAAAGGACCAGGGGGGAAAGAGAAGGUUCCGCAUUUCGUGAAGAGGAAGGAUGGCGAUUUGAUGUAUUUUGCGGGGUUGUGGGAUAGUGUUAAGUAUGAAGAUUCGGAUGAUUAUCUCUACACAUAUACGAUCAUCACGACAUCUUCGAAUUCCUACUUGAAGUUCCUGCAUGAUCGGAUGCCCGUGAUUCUGGACCCGAAUAGCGAGCAGAUGAAGACUUGGCUGGACCCCUCUAGGACGGAGUGGUCGAAAGAGCUGCAGUCGAUCCUCAAGCCAUAUGAGGGCGAGCUGGAGUGUUAUCCUGUGCCGAAAGAGGUGGGGAAGGUGGGAAAUAAUUCUCCUGAUUUUAUAGUUCCGGUUAGUAGUAAGGAGAAUAAGAGCAAUAUUGCGAACUUCUUUGCCAAUGCGAAGAAGGGUGCUGCGGUGAAGGUGGAAGAAGGAGUGAAGGAUGAGAGGCCCACGAAAGAUGCUGAAUGGAGCGAGGAUAAUGCCCCCAAGCCGGUUUCUGGAGUCAAGAGGGAACAUUCGCCUGAUGUCGAGACGGAAGAUACUAAGUUGCAGAAAACGGAGCCGAGUGUAGCUUCAUCGCCGAAGAAGAGCCCGGAGAUGAGUUCACCAUCUAAGCCUGAGACGCCAGCAGGGAAGAAGACGCGCAGUGCCACGCAUAAUAAGCCGAUGAAGAAGAGUCCGCAGAAGCAGCCCCCUGCAGGGACUCAGCGAAUUACGAACUUUUUCGGGAAGUAA